CUCCAAAAGAACACCGUUUGAUCAUCCAUUCAGUUAGUUUACAAACAAAGCUCGGCGACUGUGGAGUGGAUCGCGCGCUGCCCAAUAUUUAGAGAUAGAGCAAGAGCGCCUCCUGCCUAGCCCCCCAGCAAAUUGACGGUUUACGUAAGCUUCAUUUAUUAGAGCGCAAAACAUCAAUCAAAUGCGUCUGCUGGUGAAAUACGCGAAUAGGCUGCUCUGCCAGACUGCAGCACCGGUUCCGCUCCGCCAGAAGGCUUCGGCAGCGGCAACCGGUUCCCUAAAAUUGGCAACAAGUGCGCAAACGGAGCCGGAGAGAGCCAACAAACAGGACUCGCCGCUGACAGACACGUUUGGGCGACACCACACCUAUUUGCGGAUUUCACUCACGGAACGCUGCAAUUUGCGCUGUGACUACUGCAUGCCCGCGGAUGGAGUGCCCUUGCAGCCCAAGGAUAAGCUGUUGACCACCGAGGAAAUACUUCGUCUGGCACGCAUCUUUGUGGAGCAGGGAGUUCGCAAGAUACGUCUCACGGGCGGCGAGCCCACUAUCCGUCGGGACAUUGUCGAUUUGGUGGCAGAGAUGAAGGCCUUGCCGCAGCUGGAGCAUGUGGGCAUCACCACAAACGGCCUGGUGCUGACACGUCUGCUGCUACCAUUGCAAAGGGCCGGGCUGGACUCGCUCAACAUUAGUCUGGACACACUGCAGAAGGAUCGCUUCGAGAAGAUUACCAGGAGGAAGGGCUGGGAACGGGUAAUUGCUGGCAUCGACCUGGCCGUGCAGCUGGGCUACCGCCCAAAGGUAAACUGCGUGCUGAUGCGCAACUUCAACGAGGACGAAGUCUGCGACUUUGUGGAGUUCACCAGAGAUCGGCCCGUGGACGUUAGGUUCAUCGAGUACAUGCCCUUCUCCGGCAACAAAUGGCACACAGACAGGCUGAUCUCGUUCAAAGAGACGGUGGAGCUGAUUCGCCAACGAUGGCCCGAGUUUGAGGCACUGCCAAAUGGGCCAAACGACACAUCCAAGGCGUUUGCAGUGCCGGGCUUCAAGGGACAGGUGGGUUUCAUCACCUCCAUGACAGAGCAUUUCUGCGGCUCCUGCAAUCGGCUGAGGCUCACCGCAGAUGGCAACAUCAAGGUGUGUCUGUUUGGCAACAAGGAGUUCUCGCUGCGGGAUGCCAUGCGGAGCAACGUGUCCGAGGAGGAUCUGGUGGAUCUAAUCGGAGCCGCAGUGCGACGCAAGAAACGACAGCAUGCAGUACUCACAUUUUCAGCAUUCUCCCCCAGGCAUGCUGAACCUCUCGCAGAUGGAAAAUCGCCCAAUGAUACUGAUAGGCGGCUAGCAGACACCAGUCGCCCAUCUACCAUUGCAAGUGCUGCACUGUUCCACCAUCAUCUUCAUUCUCAUCGUUCACAGCUGCUCCAGGCAGCCCGCCAUUGCAGCAGCCUCAGCCACGUCAAUGCCCAGGGCAAGGCCCAAAUGGUGGAUGUCGGCGAGAAGCCAACCAGCAUGCGACUGGCCCAAGCAGAAGCCACCGUUCUGGUGGGGGAGCGGCUCACGCAGCUCAUUGCAGCCAACGAGCUGGCCAAGGGCGAUGUCCUGAGUGUGGCUCAACUGGCGGGAAUAAUUGGAGCCAAACGCACAUCAGAGCUGAUUCCCCUAUGCCACAACAUACCGCUGUCCUCGGUUAAGGUGCAGGCUCAACCCUUGGCCAACGAGCAGUGCGUGCGGCUGGAGGCUUCUGUGCGCUGCACCGGCCAGACGGGCGUCGAAAUGGAGGCCCUAACAGCCGUCUCCAUUGCUGCCCUCACUGUCUAUGACAUGUGCAAGGCCGUGUCCCACGACAUCUGCAUCACCAACAUCCGUUUGCUGAGGAAGUCCGGCGGCAAGCGUGACUAUCAGCGCCGGGAGCAGUCCUGAGAAGCAUUCCAAUAAAGCACCAGACGAGUGGUUCAUAUUCUGUUA